AUGGCCAAGAAGAUCCGCGCUAGGAGUACUGUCACCACCCUCGAGGAAGAUGCAAUUUGGUCUGUGGAUGCGUCUGUUGCUGUCCCUGACGAUGUAAGACUUGUGACAACUUCUGAAUCAUCUUCUCUUGCUCCAUUUGAUGACAUGAAAAUCGUGAGACCGUUCAUUGCCGAAUUCUUUGGGACGUUUUUGUUCGUCUUUUUCGGAACUGCUGCCGUAACAUCUGGUGUAAUUGUUGGAGCACUUCAAGGGCUUUGGCAAGUUGCAAGUGUGUGGGGCUUUGGUUUGGCUGUUGCAAUCUACUGUUCAUCUGCAUCGGGUGCUCAUUUGAAUCCAGCAAUCACUCUUGGAAUGGCUGUUUGGAAUGGGUUUUCGUGGACGGAUGUUCCUGGAUAUAUCAUUUCACAGUUUUCAGGAGCGUUUAUGGCUGGUAUGGUAAACCUGACGCUAUAUUCAUCUGUGAUUGCAGACUACGAGUCAGCUCACAGCAUUGUGCGCGGAAGUGCUCAAUCCAUUAGGUCUGCUAUGGUAUUUGGAGAGUACUAUCCCAAUCCAGCAGUCUUCACAGAUGGAAACCUUGUUGGUCUGCAAGUAGCGUUGACAGUCGAGAUCUUUGGAACUGCAAUAUUGAUAUUUGUCAUACUCUCAUUGACUGAUCCGAAAAACAAGUCUGUGAUGAACGGCUUUGAGCCAUUCAUGAUUGGGUUCACACUCGCCAUCUUAAUCGCCGUCCUUGCUCCUCUGAACCAGUGUGGGCUGAACCCAGCACGAGACUUUGCUCCACGAGUCGUUGCCUACUUUGCAGGAUGGGGAUCAGUAGCGAUGGACGGAUGGUGGGCUUAUGUAGUUGGACCUAUUGUUGGUGCUCAAAUUGGAGCUAUGUUGAAUGUCGCCCUCAUGCGAGAGCAUUAG